AUGGCUCAAAAGAGAAAGAAGGAAAUGGAAGAGGUUCGGAAAGGCAUAGCAGAUCUACAGAUUGACCCAAAUAGCCAGAAAAUGUUUCGUUAUCCACUACCAAGCACUCAAAUGGCGACUAUACCAACUUGGAGACAAAUAAAGAAAUUGACUCAAGAAGCAAAUAAGAUCACUGAACAACAUGGUCAUGGGGCCUACAAACGCCGCCGAGAACAAGAACGAAUGAGUGAGCAAAGGCAUGCUAUUUUCACUGUCAUUUACCGCAAAAGGCAAAAGCAAAAAGGGGGAGAUGAAGGAAAUGUCAGCAGGAAAUCCCAUGGGCGGAGGAGGCGGACCCUCUCCCGCUCCUCAAGAGCAGAGUUGCAGUUCCCGGUUAGCCACGUGGAUCGCCUCCUGCGAGAGGGAGGCUGCUCCAAGCGCCUGAGCUCGUCAGCACCUGUUUUCCUGGCAGCAGUUGUCGAGUACCUGACAGCCAACGUCCUGGAGCUGGCGGGCAAGGAGGCCGCCAACUGCCGCAGGAAGCGCAUCGCCCCACAGCACGUGCAGAGGGCAUUGGACAGCAACCAGCAGCUCCAGAGCCUCUUUCAACAUGGUACCGAACCUCAGGUCGAGGAGAUGCCUAAACGCAAGAAAAAGUAG